AAAUCUCUGUAUUUUAUUGCUGGUGCACUCAUCUCUUUAUGCUGAGACAACUAUGGCGUCUGCAGGUCUCCAGAUCUUUGGCAUCUUCCUGGCAACCAUUGGCUUUCUGGGAGACAUCAUCAUCUGUGCCCUGCCCAUGUGGAAGGUGUCUGCUUUCAUUGGGAACAACAUUGUGACAGCGCAGAUCUUCUGGGAGGGCCUGUGGAUGAACUGCGUGAAGCAGAGCACUGGCCAGAUGCAGUGCAAGGUCUAUGACUCCAUGCUGGCUCUGCCACGUGACCUGCAGGCCGCCCGGGCCCUGGUUGUGAUCUCCAUCCUGGUUGUCUUCAUGGGAAUCCUGCUCGCCGUUGCAGGGGGAAAAUGCACCAACUGCCUUGAGGAUGAGGUGGCCAAGAGCAAGGUAGCCAUUGCUGCUGGGGUGUUCUUCAUCAUCGGUGGUAUCCUGUGCCUGAUCCCUGUGUCCUGGUCUGCUCACGAGGUCAUCAGGAACUUCUACAACCCCAUUAUGAGUGACGCGCAGAGGAGGGAACUCGGUGCGUCACUGUUCAUCGGCUGGGGCUCAGCAGGACUCCUGCUUAUUGGAGGCUCACUUCUCUGCUGUCAGUGUCAGCAGCAGAAGGAUAGCAGAUACUCCGUCAAAUAUUCUGCCCCUCGCUCAGCAGCCAGUGGAGGAGCCUACGUCUGAACUGUCUGCAUUCUUGCCUUAUCACAGGAACUGGACUGUUAAACUCCAGAGUCAUGUUUUUAUUGUCUUAACUUUCAUGAUGGGUGUUUUUACUGAUUUAAUUUUAAUAAAUUAAGCUUUCAUGA